AUGAUCCCAUCUGAUGGCGGCGCCGACCCAUCCCUGGCGCUGGAUGCGGCGACCUCCGGUAGAGGCGCGCCCAGCCGCGCCUUCCCCAGCACAGUCUCGCCGGGAUGCCUCCGCUCCUCCGGCAGCGCCGCGCCCGUCCGCCGCAGCCCGCCGGCGAGGGCACAAUCGGUGCCGACCUGCACGCGCAAGGGGAGGCGGCAGGAGCAGUCGUGCAAGGGCAGGACCAGCCGUGCGGUCAAUCGAGCGAUCCUUUUUCAUCUUGGCCGCCAUGUCCCCCGCCGUGGACGACGCCCGCUGUGGCGAUCUCCACCCUGGCGACCAGCUCUGCCUCGCCUGCCAAAUCAAAUCUACGAACUAAGGUUGAUUUCUAUGACUUCAGUUCGCUGGGGGUACUGGCAUAACGCUUAUGUUGCAGGCUUCUCCAGAAUGAUUCCUCACAAGAGAUAUCUCAACCAGUCAUAA